AUGGAAUUGACAAGUUCCUUUGAAGACCUAAGGCGUAUGGCUUUUGAAGAUUUUGGAAUUGACCAAAACCUUAUCGGGCUUGAGUUAGGCUACUUAUCUAUGGAGUUAAUCAGUUCAAUAGACUGUCCCCCAGUUAUCAUUGAGAGUGAUCGGCAAAUCAAAAAAUUUCUUACAUAUGUACGUGGAAAAGCUUCUACAAGGUUGUGUGUGUAUACUUCACCUAUCAGUGGAAACAACAACAACAUUGGGGUUGAUAAUGAGAAAUAUAACUCGCCUUUUAGAGAGCAAGGUGAACAUACCUCGUUUCCCCCUCGAGAUGACACUGUUAGUUCAUCUGAAUCAAGCAAGGAUGUCGAAGAUAAUUGUAACUCAAACAGCUAUGAAGAAGAUGAUGUUCUCGCCAUAAGUGCAAAAGAAGAUGAUAGUGGAAAAAGUGUUAUGUUUUCUUUGAUGGAUGCUGUGAAGAGGGGUCAAACAUUUCAAAACAAAACCAUGUUGAAAGCAGCAUUAGAAAUGUCAGCAAAAAAACAUAACUUCGAUUACAAAGUUGUGAAAUCUGACAAAAAACUUUGGUACAUCCGAUGCAUUGACAACCAUUGCAAAUGGAGUGUCCGGGCUGAGGGGUUAUCAGGUUCCACAUAUUUAAUCAUCAAAAAAUAUGUGGUGGAUCAUACAUGCGCUGCGUCGAAUAUAAAUAAUGGUGGUCGGACAGCUUCUGCAAAAACAGUUGGCGGUCUAAUAAUGCAUAGGUAUGAUGGUGUGAAAGAAGGUCCCAAAACUAAUGAUGUCAUACAUAUUAUGAGGAUGGAACAUGGAUGCGAGAUAUCUAAGUCCUUAGCAUGGGGUGCUCGGGAGUUUGCAAUUGGCAUGGUUAGAGGUAUUCCAGAGAAGAGUUUUGGAAAAAUUCAAAUACGAGGUUUUCAGACAGCCAUGCGCCAAUUUCUUGUUGUUGAUGGGACAUUUUUGAAGAGCAAAUACAAAGGGGUAUUACUUGCUGCGACAGCUUUAGAUGGAAACUCUAACUUGUAUCUUGUUGCGUUUGCGGUUGUGGACUCAGAAAACGAUCGUUCAUGGGAUUGGUUUAUGAGACAGCUAAAGGUUGUUGUUGCGGACGAAAAUUCUCUAGCUUUUGUGUUAGACAAAAAUGCCUCACUUUGUAAGAGGAAAGGGACUGGCUGGUUGAUUGCAAAAGCUUCUAAAGCUUAUAGAGUCAUUGAUUUUCAGAAGCGAUUCCAAGCUGUGUGCAAUAUUAGUCCAGCAAUUGGAAAAUAUUUAACAGAUGCAGAUGUUACAAAGUGGGCUUGCUAUCAGUUUCCAGGAUUCAGACACGCAAUCAAGACUGGUUUAACAGUUGGUCGAGCCCCAUCCUCACUAACGGAUGACAUGUACACGACUUCCACUUGGAGAACAGCUUAUCAAGAAACUAUCAAUCCAAUAGGUGUUCCUGAGGAUAGUUGGGUUGUUCCAGAUGAUGUUCGGAAUGCUAAUGUGGUUCCUCCUUAA